AUGCUGUCGUGCAACCCUGAGCUGCUUGAUGCUAGUGGUGGUAGUGAUAACGGAAUGACUCGAAGAGAGCAAUGUCUAUGGCUAACGAACGCUGGGAACUCAGUCUACAUCUGGGAUGGCUCUUCUGACUUGAAUGAGAUGUUCAAGUCAUGUGAUAAAAACACGAAUAUGACACCAGGCUACUGUGCUAGCUGCCUUCAAUACGGUGCCCCACAACGCUACUCAACUACAAGUACACCAUCGAACGCAACAAAACCAAGGAUUUCCGACAAGUGGAUGCUUUACCGCGAACUCAUCGCGUGA